CCCGCAGUGGUCCGGAAACCCUGGGGGCGGAAGAGGUGCUGGAUAGGAGGCGGGUGGACGCGGUUCUCUCCGGAAGGACUGUGGCUCCUUUAGCCCCGCCCGCCUCGGUAGCUGCCUGAAGUAGUGCAGGAUCAGCCCGCGAGUUGCAGGUCAUGGCCCUGGCCGCUCGACUGUGGCGCUUUCUGCCAUUGCGACGUGGAGCCGCCCCGGGGCCUCGGCUCCCUGCGGGGACUUCGGGCAGCCGUGGGCAUUGCGGCCGCUGUCGAUUCCAUGGCUUUGAGGUAAUGGGAAACCCAGGAACUUUCAAAAGAGGCCUUUUACUCUCAGCUUUGUCUUAUUUGGGUUUUGAAACUUACCAGGUUAUCUCUCAGGCUGCUGUGGUUCAUGCCGCAGCCAAAGUUGAAGAAAUACUUGAACAAGCAGACUACCUGUAUGAAAGCGGAGAAACAGAAAAACUUUAUCAGUUGCUAACCCAAUACAAAGAAAGUGAAGAUGCAGAGUUACUGUGGCGUUUGGCACGGGCAUCACGUGAUGUUGCUCAGCUUAGCAGAACCUCAGAAGAGGAAAAAAAGCUAUUGGUGUAUGAAGCCCUAGAGUAUGCAAAAAGAGCACUAGAGAAAAAUGAAUCACAUUUUGCAGCGCAUAAGUGGUAUGCAAUCUGCCUUAGUGAUGUUGGAGAUUAUGAAGGCAUCAAGGCUAAAAUUGCAAAUGCGUAUAUUAUCAAGGAGCAUUUUGAGAAAGCAAUUGAACUGAACCCUAAAGAUGCGACUUCAAUUCACCUUAUGGGUAUUUGGUGCUAUACAUUUGCUGAAAUGCCUUGGUAUCAGAGAAGAAUUGCUGAAAUGCUGUUUGCAACUCCUCCGAGUUCCACCUAUGAGAAGGCCUUAGGCUACUUUCACAGGGCAGAACAAGUGGAUCCAAACUUCUACAGCAAAAACUUACUUCUUUUAGGAAAGACAUACUUGAAACUGCACAACAAAAAGCUUGCUGCUUUCUGGCUAAUGAAAGCCAAGGACUAUCCAGCACACACAGAGGAGGAUAAACAGAUACAGACAGAAGCUGCUCAGUUGCUUACAAGUUUCAGUGAGAAGAAUUGAGAACUUUUCAGAGACGAUGUAUGAAACAGCUAAUAAACAUUGCCUUUUCAUUUAAUUAUAAAGUUAAUAUAUGAACUAUAACUGUUCUACAGCUUUUAAAAUGUUGUGACCAUUUAACAGUGUAAAUAUAAAAAAUUCUAGGCUUCUUCACAAAUAAUAAGGUAAAAUAAAUAAUCGCCAUAAGAGUGGUAGAAAUAAAUCUCCAUGGCUCAGGCAAAGAUUAUUUUGCAUCUUGGAUACCAGCAAUGCAAAAUGGUAUGAGAUUUCUAAGGAUUGAUCACAUUGGGAUGGGAGAUCAAGCAAAGAAAGCUUUGUAGAGGAGGGGAAAUGGAUCUAUAGGGGAUAUACAGGGGGAUGGAUUUUCAAGUUAGAUUGAUUCUAAGUUGAGAUCUUUGCAGAGAAGAUGUGGUGAAAGUGGUUAGGAUUUUGUGGUUUCCUGACAUAAAGUAGUUAAAUGAUGUAUCUUGGAGCUAACCUGUAUAAGGAAAGAAUUAAGUCAGGAGAUGACUAAAAAUUGAGUGGUUUCCUUUUUUAUUUUUAUUUUUUUGAGACAGAGUCUCACUCGGUCACCCAGGCUGGCGUGCAGUGGCACAAUCUUGGCCCACUGCAGCCUCCGCCUCCCCGGUUCAGGUGAUCCUCCUGCCUUAACCUCCUGAGUGGCUUGGAUUACAGGCUUGUACCACCACACCCGGCUUUUGUAUUUUUGGUAGAGAUGGGGUUUUGCCAGGUUGGCUAGGCUGAUCUCAAACUCCUGGCCUCAAGUGAUCUGCCCACCUCGGCCUCCCAAAGUGCUGGGAUUACAGGUGUGAGCCACCACGCCUGGCCAGUUUCCUCUAAAUGUGGUGUAUAGUCUCAUGGUAGACUGAAUUUGUUAUCAGACACAAAGCUCUAUUGCCUAAUGGAAUGGAAGGAACACAAAACUUAAGAGUGAAAUGGAAUACUAAGAUGUUUUUAUAUAGGCAGGACUAUGCUACUAACUUGAGGCUGGAGUGCCACCACUGCAAAAUCUUUUUAAGUUUUGUAAAAAGGAGCAUCACCUUGAAUUCACUUAGAUAAAGAGAGACUGUGUUUAGGUGGGUUUUUCCCAAAGGAUUUGGAAAUUGUAAUGUUACAAUGAACUGUAUGGAUAUGUUUAUCAUGUACAUUUUCAAACAAAAAGGAAGACUGAAAGUAGGGAUCUUUGUACACCCAUCUCAGAUUCAAUGAUUUUGCUAUAUAGGUUGUGUAUCUCUUAUCUGAAAUACUUGGGACUAAAAGCAUUUUGGAUUUGGGAUUUUUUUCAAAUUUUGGAAUAUCCGCAUACACACAAUAAGACAUCUUGGAGAUGGGAUCCAAGUUUAAACACAAAAUUCACUUGUUUCAUAUAUACCUUAUGCACAUAGCCUGAAGGUAACUUUAUAUAGUAUUAUUUUUAAUAAUUUCGUGUAUUGAGACAAAGUUUGCAUACAUUGAACCAUCAGAAAGCAAAGGUGUCAUCUCAGCCACUCAUGUGGUCAAUUUGUGGUUGUUUGAUGUCACCAUCAUUCCUGACUGAAUUUAUAUGCUACCAAUAAGCAGUUACUAUACUUAUUCAUGCAUAACUACUUAACAGUAAAAAAAAAAUGACAUAAUUCGCAUAGGAACAAAGACGGCAAAAAAAAAAAAAGUCAUACCAUUGAUACAGUGAAAAAAUAAUGUGGUCAGGGUAGCUAGGCAACAGUAGCAUCACCAGAAACCUGUAUCAGCUGGUUAAGGGCAGCAACAAACAAUGGCAGGCUUUCAGUCUCCCACUUACGAUGCUGUGUUUUAAAAGGUUAUUGUAUACUGCAUAUUAUUUUUGUAGGUGAGGAGAAACAGAAGCAGUUGAAGGGCCAGAAGUGAGUCUUUCUAGGGGUGUGGUGGCAUUCUGCUGGAUGGCUUUUUAAAAUGGGUUUUUUCCUUUAGGGAGACCGAAUAAACUGUGUUGUGCACCUGC